ACACCCUCCAUGCAUUCUCAUUCUCACCAACAAAACAAUAAUUUUCUCUAAACACCUUCUUCAAUCUCCACCUUUGAUCUCUUUGCAACCUUGCUACCGGCAGUGUAACGGCGUUGUUUGCUACCAUGCCUCGUGUAGUUGCGGAGAAUGUGGUGGACAAUCUAGGGUUUUAUGACCAACAUGGACCGGUGGCUGGAUCUCCGUCGUUGGGCGAGCUUCUGAAGUAUGUCGGCGAUAUUCGGAAGGAGGAGAACGGUGAAGAGACGCCUGCGCAUCAAGUUUUGGAGAUGAUCAGUGAGACGAGUAGCGAGCCGAGGGCGUUACCGUUUGUUUUGAAGUUUAGUAAUCUGACUUAUAGUGUCAAGGUUCGGAGCAAGAUGGCGCUUCCGGGGUGGUUAGGUGGGCGGGGGGACCAGUUAGGCGGUGAUCCGGUUGGAAGUGAGGGUAUGUUUUCUAGGAGUAAGGUUUUGUUGAAUGAUAUAUCCGGUGAAGCGAGGGAUGGCGAGUUGGUGGCGGUGUUGGGUGCGAGUGGAUCGGGGAAAUCAACGUUGAUUGAUGCUUUAGCGAAUCGGAUUGCGAAAGGAAGCUUGAAAGGAACGGUGACGUUGAAUGGGGAGCAAUUGGAGUCUAGGUUGCUCAAGGUGAUUUCGGCGUAUGUGAUGCAGGACGAUUUGUUGUUUCCGAUGUUAACGGUUGAAGAAACUUUGAUGUUCGCGGCAGAGUUUCGUCUGCCGAGAACAUUCUCCAAGUCGAAAAAGAGACUAAGAGUUCAAGCCCUAAUUGAUCAAUUAGGGCUUAGAAACGCCGCCAAAACUGUUAUUGGCGACGAAGGACACAGAGGCGUUUCUGGUGGAGAACGUCGUCGUGUGUCCAUUGGAAUUGAUAUUAUUCAUGAUCCAAUUAUCUUGUUUUUAGACGAACCGACAUCCGGGCUAGACUCGACAAGCGCGUACAUGGUUGUCAAAGUGUUGCAACGGAUCGCGCAGAGCGGUAGCAUCGUAAUGAUGUCUAUCCACCAACCGAGCUACCGUCUGCUCGGAUUACUCGACCGCAUGUUGUUUCUCUCCCGUGGACAACCGGUCUACAACGGCUCUCCAACAGAGCUCCCACUAUUCUUCUCCGAUUUUGGGCACCCAAUUCCGGAUAAGGAGAACCGGACGGAAUUCGCACUCGAUUUGAUCCGAGAACUCGAAGGAACUCCGGGAGGAACCAAACGCCUCGUCGAAUUCAACAAAGCCUGGCAAAACCUGAAGCGAUCUCGCAACGCCAUGACUACUGGCAACGAAACCCCUACCCAUGGAUUAACCCUAAAAGAAGCAAUCAGCGCGAGCAUAUCAAGAGGCAAACUAGUGUCUGGCGCUGGAGCUAACAACGGCACCAACCCGACCUCUAUGGUCCCAACAUUCGCCAAUCCACGCUGGAUCGAAAUGGCGGUUUUAUCGAAAAGAUCUUUCACCAAUUCACGAAGAAUGCCCGAGCUAUUCGGUAUUCGAUUAGCCGCGGUUACCGUCACUGGUUUCAUCCUGGCCACCGUGUUUUGGAACCUGGACGAUUCACCAAGAGGUGUUCAAGAGCGAUUAGGGUUUUUCGCAUUCGCUAUGUCCACAACAUUCUACACAUGCGCGGACGCCCUGCCCGUCUUUCUCCAAGAACGCUACAUUUUCAUGAGAGAAACCGCCUACAACGCGUAUCGCCGUUCAUCAUACGUCCUCUCCCACUCACUCGUAGCAAUCCCGUCACUCAUUAUCCUCUCACUGGCAUUCGCGGCCAUCACAUUCUGGGCGGUAGGACUCGCUGGUGGUGUCUCCGGCUUCAUCUUCUACUUCUUCGUCAUCCUAGCCUCGUUUUGGGCCGGUAGCUCAUUCGUCACGUUCCUCUCCGGCGUAGUCCCACACGUCAUGCUCGGGUACACCAUUGUCGUCGCGAUUCUCGCAUACUUCCUCCUAUUCAGUGGAUUCUUCAUCACUCGUGAUCGAAUCCCCGGUUACUGGAUCUGGUUUCACUACUUAUCUCUAGUGAAAUAUCCGUAUGAAGCGGUUUUACAGAACGAAUUCGACGAUCUAGUCAAAUGCUUCAUCCGAGGAACUCAAAUCUUUGAUAACAGCCCGCUAGCAGCCGUUGAUGAGGGCGUAAAAUCGCGACUAUUGCAAAGUAUGAGCCGAUCAUUAGGAGUGAACAUCAGCAGUACGACUUGUUUGACCACUGGUGUUGAUAUAUUGAAGCAACAAGGGAUCACUGAUUUGAGCAAAUGGGGUUGCUUGUGGAUCACGGUGGCUUGGGGGUUCUUCUUCAGGAUUCUGUUUUAUUUCUGCUUGUUGCUUGGGAGCAAGAAUAAGAGGAGGUAAAGAGUAUAAAGUUCAAUCUUAUGGACUGUUGUGUAACUUUGUUUAUUUUUUUUAUUACUGAGUUAUUUGUUUUCAUGAAGUGUUUGUAUAUGUAACGAGGCUCUUAAAAUAAUUAUACGAGUCUUGUAUAUUAUUAAUCUAAAAACUUCUAAGUUAUAUAAA